AUGAUAUACGGUACCGAUGGACCAGAAGAAGAAGAAGUGGUAUGUACAUUUUUAAGAGAAAAAAAAAUACAAAUUAAGAACAUAUCUGUUGCUACCAAUGCGAUACUAACUGAAAUGGUGGAACAAACGAGAAAAUCUGAGAGGUUAUGUGACGGCGGUCAGCGAAGUGGUUGAAAUUACGGGUGGUUUUAGCGCCGAGCUGAAAUCGAGAGGCGAACGGGGAAGAGGAGCUCGGAUAUGGAGGCACCCGAGUGUGGUUACGACAAGGGAAAAAAGAGCACGGGCUCCUCCGGGUUGGGUCAGGUUAGUGUCGCCUCGAAAUCGUCACAAAACCAGGUCAUUACCGUGAGUACGUCCCCCAAGCGCGGCCCGCACAUAUUAUUAGCAGGUGCCUAUAUUAUUUAAAACGGGCACGUUGAGUACCGUGUUUAUAUUAGUACGUUGCACGUCGCCGCCGUUUAAGAAAACGCUAUCGAUCGCGAGACUCGUACGCGUGUGUCGCUUUGGUGUUUUUUUUUUUUUUUUUUUUUAGAAAAAAGGCUCGUUUAAAUAAUUGGUCAAAGGGAACGCGGUAUACCGAAGAAGAUGAUCAGAAAGAGGCGACUCAAGAGUGGGACGGUAACCCGGAGUCGUCGUUUAGUCGGUUGCCACUUCUUCUCCGGGGUAACCGAAUGACGAGUAUAUAUUUUUUUGUCGUGACACGACAUCACCCCGGCAGUCUAAUACCGUUGAAAUAAAUGGUUCGAACACGGCGGAGAAUAACGCGCGCGAGUAAUUUUUUUGAAUAUAUCGUUUGACGAUUUGAUUCCGUUAUUACAAACCGUGGGACGUUACGGCGAAUUUUCGGUCCACAUACCGGUGCAACGGCAUACGCCCACGACUACUAUACGGCGACGAGUCAAUUGCUUCAAUACUUUUUUAUAAAUAAAAAUGUUAAAAACGAGUUUAAAAAUAAUGUAUACCGUAUGUAUAGUGUCGUGACGACAUUUACGGUGCCCGUGAUAUUGUGUAAAACUGCCCGGUAAACCGGUCACAUGCAGGGAAAAAAAACUCGUAUCCCGAAUAUUAUUAUACCGAAAUUAAACCUAACCUAACCGAAAUUAACUCGCGUGCAAAAUUACAGUUGUUUAUAUACUAUACUAUGCACCGCGGCACGUCCGUUAUAGAACUCACUAAUCGCGAAUGAAAAAAAAUUGCGGUCCGAAACUGUAAAUAACCGCCACCGCAAUACGCUAUAAAAUUUAAUAAUAAUAAUAAUAAUAAAAAAAAAAAAAAAACAUGUCUGCGCGGGCGUACGUACAAAUUAUACGUUAUUGCCCGUAUUCUACCCGUCAAACGAGCGGCAAAAUCAACGAUACGCCUCUUCGAUAAGCAUCGCGUAACAUACGGUUUAGUAAUGUUUUAUCGAUGGUUAUCGACUAGAAUAGUAGCAAUACGUACGAAUAUUGUAAUAAUAGGUGUGCGAAUUAACAUAUAAAAGCCAAUAGAACACUUUUGUUGUUAUUGUUAUGUUAUUAUAGUACUGGCCGCCACCAGGUGGCGGAUUAUUGACGAUACUGCCCCGUAA